AUGGAUCCAUCCCUACUCUUCCCUACCAUUUUCUAUCCUGGAAGGAGACAGCGGCAGCAGCAGCAGCAGCCACUGCCAACGAUUGGCAGCAGUAUCGGGGGAGGUGGUCUCGACCAUGGCCACCGUGAGGCUUGUGACAGCAGCAGCAGCAGUUAA